UGUGUGUGUGUGUGUGUGUGUGUGAGAGAGAGAGGAUUAGGUGAAGUAGCUAAAAUGUGGAUUAGUUUACCAAAACAUCUAGAUAUAAACAAAUACACUCAAAAGUGAGACUAUUAAAAAGGUCACCAUCUUCAAACAUUGCAAUACAAUUCAACACAUCCCUUGUAAUAAUAAUAAUAAUGCUGUCCAGAAUCAUAUACUGUACUGCUGUCCUUUUAGCCACAACUGCAGUUAUACUUCUUGCUCUUUUCUCACCUGUCCCCCACAGAAAGAACCAAACAACCCCUAGGGUAGGACUCUCCUUUUACAUCCAACAGCCUCAGACCGGCGGCUCCGGCGAACACGGGGCGGCCGCUGCACCACCGCCGCCUGGUGGGGGCGGAGCUUUGAUCUUCCACCGCAUGCUCACCGAUGGACCUGAGAACACGUCGCGGGUGGUCGGAAGAGCGCAGGGGUUCAUAAUCCCGGUGGAGAGCUUUGCGCAUUCGGCUUUUAAUAUAAUUUAUCUUACUUUUCAUACGCGUGAAUAUUCUGGAAGUAUUAGCAUUGAGGCGAAGAAUCUAGGGCGUAAGGAAGAAGAAGAGCUGAGAGUGGUGGGUGGUACGGGUUCAUUUGCUUUUGCUCGUGGACUUGCUGUUUUUGCGCAGACGGAUCGUAGAGUGAAGAAAUCAGAUUUGGAUGCAACUCAUCGGAUUAAUUUGCAGUUGAAGUUCCCUAAUAAAUCCCGGAUAAUUCCGGGAUGAGUUUCUUACUUAAAUUCACUCUUUUUUGGGAGGAUAAAUAAUUUUGUUGAUCAAAUUUAUUUGAUCUUUUUUCUAAUUAUUAUAUGUACCAAUUUCGAUAGAGAUCAAGUGAUACAAAGCUUUGACUUGUAAUUCAUAAAUCCUGGA